AUGCAAUCUGAAAACCUUUCACACAGUUGUCAUGUUAAGAAGAAAAGAGUCGGAAAGGCCUGUGACUCCUGCCGUAUCAAGAAAACCAAAUGUGACGGUAAAAAGCCUUGCAAUAGGUGCUUGCUUGACAAUAAAAUUUGUGUAUUUACAGAAAAGAGAAAGGUCAAGGAAAAGAUCCAUCCACCAGGAUACAUUGAAUUAUUGGAAACAAGGUUGGACAUCUUAUCAAAGCUGUUUGAAAAGUUAAUCGAGUUGUCAAGACCCCAUUUGUCCUUCAUUGAUGAGAUUAUUAGGGAAGAAGAGAAGCUGCUGGUCAAGAAGGAAUUCGAUGACAAUACAUCCUCACCACAAUCAUUUGAAGAAGGAGACAAGGUUGACAGUAUCCCAAUCAACAAAGUUGUGUCGUACUUGAUUGAACAGCGUGGUAUGUUGAAGAAUGUUCCCAUCGAAUGGGAGGAAGGUGCUUUGAUUGCAGCCAACUACAAUGAAGACGAUUUAGAACCAUCUUCAAAACUAUUUGCCAAACACAAGUCGGAAAAGCUUGCUGGUGGUGAAGUAGCUUCGUCUGACCUACAUUCUUCUCCGAUAAUGAAGCCUGUAAACAGAACAAACUCAUCCUCAUCUGCAAGGUCACAAAUGAAAAGAAAAAUCAAGGAGGAGCCAGCGUCUCCUGCUUCAGUGCACAGCUUUUCAAGUAACUUCAACUUCAGUACUGAUGAAAAAUGGCUUACAAACGAUCCUAUGUUAUCAGAAGUGGACAGUGACUCGCCCGAGAGAAACCAUGGAAUAUCCCCGCCAUGUAUUCACGAACACCUGGAGCACAGUCAUCAUCAACGAAGUGGAGAUUACGACGGUCACAACCACAUUCCACAUACUGCUUCAUUGUUCUCCAACAACUACACCAACCAUUGUAGCCAACCAAUAAGCAAAAAUUCGUCCGUUACGUCAUUGAGUAACAAGUACGAAGCACAUACGUUGUCUUCAGCGCCCAAUUCAUCUUCUACAACUACUCCACCUUCAUCCGUAUUUACCACUAACAGCCCCAUCACAAUGUCAGCUCUUCGCAGAUCAUCAUCGACACUCUCUCAAACACAGAGCAACAAAUUGAAAAGCUGUAUUGCCCAUCACCAUAAUAUUCAUAAACCAAUUCAUCAUAGGCGUCAGGCCUCGUUUGAAAUAAGGAAGAGAAACAACAGUGUUGAAGUAUCACCUGCGGGCUCUGUGCAUGACAUAUCUUCUAUUUCACAGCCUUCAUCGGCAGUUCAAUCACUCACUGAUGGAUACAAUGAAACCGACAAGUAUUAUGAUGCAAUUGGUGAGGGAGCUUCGCUACAGUCUUCCUUUGAUCUCUCUCCAACGAACCCAUUGAUGGAGAGGGCAAUUGAUGAUAGCUUCUACAAUGAGGUUGCUCGAGGAUCACUAAAUAUUCAGGGUCCUGGUGCAUUUGAUGUAUUGAUUGGUGCAUACGAGGACUCCUUUAUGAAUAAUAACCAUUUCUAG